UAUCAGCUAGACAUGAAUCUUUUUGUUCUUAUUUCUCCUUCCCUUCUUAUUAUACUCUUUCUUUUACUUUUCAAGUUGAUUCUUCAACGUAGAGGCCAAUCAUGUUACAUGUUGGCCUACGAGUGCUUUAUGCCUCCAGAAGACACCAAACUCAACACUGACUCCGCCUCAAAGAUCGUCCUACGAAACAGAAGGCUGAGGUUGGAGGAGUUGAGGUUUCUCCUCAAAACCAUUGUCAGUUCGGGGAUUGGAGAGAACACUUACUGCCCAAGAACCAUUCUUGAAGGGAGAGAGGAGUGUCCAUCUCUUAAGGACAUGGACGAGGAAAUAGACGAGAUCAUGUUCGACACACUCGACAACCUCUUCAAGAAAACGGGAAUUUGACCCUCCGAAAUAGACAUCCUCGUAGUGAACGUGUCCUUGUUCUCGCCGGCACCUUCUCUCUCAGCACGGAUCAUAAACAGGUACAAAAUGAAAGAAAACGUCAAAACAUUCAAUCUUGCAGGAAUGGGUUGUAGUGCAAGUGUCGUCGCUAUUGAUGUGGUGCAGCAACUCUUCAAGAUUCACAAGAACUCUGUUGGGAUAGUUGUGAGCACUGAAGAUCUUGGUGCACAUUGGUACAGUGGAACGGACAGGACAAUGAUGCUUUCUAACUGCCUCUUUCGCUCUGGUGGCUGCUCUGUGAUGUUUACAAACAAGCCUUCUCUGAAGGGCCGUUCGAUAUUAAAACUGAAGCACAUGGAGAGGACCCAGUACGGUGCUGAUGACGAGGCUUACAACUGCUGUAUACACGUGGAAGAUGAGCAGGGGUAUUUGGGUCAUCGCCUCACCAAGAGUCUUGUCAAGAGUGCCGCUCAAGCCUUGACGGUGAACCUUCAAGUGAUGGCACCGAAGAUUCUACCAGUGUGGGAAAUGGUAAGGUUCUUUUUUGUCUCUGUAAUGAAGAAGAGGGAGAUGCUACCGUUUUUCAUUGCGCUGAUACCUGGCAAGAACAAGACGAAGGUGACAAAAGUUAAUCUGUUGGGAGGGGGAUUGAAUUUCAAGAGAGGGAUAGAGCACUUCUGUGUGCAUCCUGGAGGAAGGGCAGUUAUUGAUGGGGUUGGCAAAGGUUUUAGGCUCACUGAAUAUGACCUAGAGCCUGCGAGGAUGGCCCUUCACCGUUGGGGGAACACUUCUUCCGGUGGCCUUUGGUACGUUUUAGGUUACAUGGAGGCGAAGAAGAGGCUGAAAAAGGGUGAUAGGAUCCUGAUGAUUAGUCUUGGUGCUGGGUUGUGCAACAACUGUGUUUGGGAGGUGAUGAGGGACUUGUCUGAUACCAAUGUGUGGAAGGACUCCAAAGAAAGUUACCCUCCAGAGAACACAAGUAACCCUUUCAAGGACAAGUAUGAUUGGAUCAAUGACGAAUAUCUUAGCUUUGUGAGGUUGGAUUUUAGCAGGAUGAUCCUUUAGGUGAUGAUGUUAAUUUCCAGGUUUGAAAGUAUUUAUUCUGGUUCAUGUUUAAACACAAAGAUCCAGAUAAUAAGUCAGAGGAAGAGCAAGUGUAGAGUUGAUUUGUUGAGAGAAACUUGAUGACAAGCACGUACUAUUGUUGUGCUAUGGAUGAAAUAAAGUUUGAUGUCAUUAA